AUGACAUCGUUCGUUCAGCAACGCCAACUGUUUCUUCGUCAAUUAGCUCAAACAUGUCCUUCAACUACCCCAAGUCUGAAAGCUUAUCUUUCCACUUAUUCCGAAUUGAUUUGUCCACCUUACAAAAAAACUCGUGAUCCUUUGGCAAUGAAAGAAUUAUCAUCAAAAUGUCCAUCAUGUUCUCAUCCAUACACUUCAAAUUCGUUCCGCUAUCGAGGAAAACUUCCUAUUAAUCGACGUCUACACCAUCUUCUUGCAAUUCGCCGUAAAUACAAACGUUUACCAACGGCAAAUACAUACAAACGUCGUUUAUUCGACAGUUUCAUCAUGAAAUCUCGUUCGAAACUAUUGAUCAAAUGUCCAAAUUGUCAAGAACUUCGCACGUUUCAAGGUGCAACUAGAAAAGACAUUCCGACCAAAAUUGAAUUACCAAAAGCAAAGCCACCUACGAAUAAUCUCAAAUUAAAGCAAACAUUUGAAAAAGUUUCUUGUCGUUUUCUGAAAAAAGAAAGCAACCUUCGAGCGUUUCUCGAACAACUCUAG